AUGGCUGGGAUUGUGGCCUGCGUCCUCCUUUCCCUUGUCACCAUGGUGCAUUCCCAAGUACAGACAGCAUUUCUGGAGUACGUGCAAACAAGGAUGGGAGUUUUAGAGGAAAGAAUUUCACAAUGGCAUGAUCAUAGCAGCCGCUACAGCUCAGAACUUCGAGAUUUCAAGAACCAGGUACUGAAAAUGUUGGAAAACAUAGAAAAAGAGAGAGAAGCAGUGAGGAACGAGGUGGAGAACACAAAUGUUCGCGUUGACCGGUUAGAGAGAGAGGUGGACUACUUGGAAACUCAAAAUCCAGCACCACCAUGUGUUGAAAUAGAUGAAAAACUGACAGAACUACUUGUGAACAAGAAGAAGAAAAAUGAAAAAUAUGAGAAACUCACAGGUUGCCCCAAGGCUGAGAUUGCUGACAUUGAGGAGCCAGAUGCGAUACAGAGUCCCCCUGUCAUCCGGAAAUCAUACUGCAGUGACACAAUUUCUCAAGUUAAUGCCAUGAAAAUAUUGAAGCGCUAUGGGAGCUCUGCUGGCCUUUGGACGAAGGACCCCAUAGGUAAUUCAGAGAGAGUUUAUGUCCUUGAUGGUGCUGGCAAUGACACAGUGUUUGUGUUUCCCCGUAUGAAAGAAUUCACUCUUUCUACUUCAACACGCAAAGCAGCUCGGAUCAAACUUCCUUUUCCAUGGGUUGGCACUGGCCAUAUUGUUUAUGGAGGCAACCUUUAUUAUGUUCGACAAGGAGAGGAAUUCCAAGUCAUCAAAUUCAACUUGGCAAACAAAACAGUGGUUGAUAGCGCUGUGCUACCAAUUGAAGACCAAGUACCAGUUUAUGGUUUAUCCAAGCAUAACUUCAUAGAUAUAGCAGCCGAUGAAGAAGGUCUAUGGGUCAUCUACGCUACUAGGGACAAUGAGAAAAACAUAUGCUUAGCCAAACUGGACUCAAACAGCCUUGGCAUUGAGCAGAUGUGGGAUACUCCAUGUCCGAUAGAAAAUGCAGAAAGUGCUUUUGUGGUUUGUGGUACCCUUUAUGUGGUGUAUAACACCAAACUCCCAAGUCGCUCUCGUAUACAGUGUAUCUUUGAUGUCAGUGGCACCAUAUCCAGUGAAAAUGUGCCAGUUGUUUACUUUCCUAAAAGAUAUGGAUCCCAUUCAAGUAUGAAGUAUAAUCCUAAGGACCGUCAGAUCUAUGCUUGGGAUGAUGGUUACCAGAUCAUAUACAAACUGAGCAUGAAACCCAAAGAUGAAUUGUAUUAG